CCCUUCAACGGCAAAACAGCUCAACUCCUGCUUGCUAACCAAUGGUGUUGUAUACUUUCUACCACUUCCUAACUAAUAACACAGAUAUUUUGCUGUCGGUAUGUCUACAACUGAUUUAUCUCAUACGCUAGAUAUUCUCCGGUCACUGUAUCAGCACAUACAGACACUGGAGGAGUUUGCGAGCAACAUUGUGUUCAGAGAAGGACAGAGAGCAGCUCUCAUUGAAGAGUCCGACACAAACCGCUUCAAGUCCUUCGUCCGGGGUGUUUUUGUGUGCUUUGACACGGAACUACAUCAAGUGCCAAGCUGCAAUCAGAUCUGCACUCUACCUGAACUGCUGGCCUUUGUUCUUAACAGUCUGAAAAGAAAAAGAAAAAGAAACAUUUUGGCACAUGGCUACAAUUUUCUGGCCCUGGCUCAGGAGGAGCGGGAUGCAGACCACUUCAAAUUCCAAGGAGGUCUAACUCAAAGUGCCGCCUACAUCUAUGGCAGUGACCUGUGGAAGAAAGUCGCGGUACGCCUCGGCACAGACCUCACACGGUACCUGCUGGAGAGCUGCUCUGUGUAUGUGGCAGUCCCUCCUUCAUGUGUGUUCCAGGUGUGCGGCGCUCCUAUCUAUGACAGGGUGUCCAUGUCUACUGCCUCCAGUCGGUUUUGUCUCAAGCCUCGGUCCAGGACACAUAGCGGUGCUCAGUUAGCAAGGAAACGAGGUGCAGUGACCUUGAAAAGGAGACGGUACGAUGAGAAUCCUGCAAUCAGCAAGACGAAGAACAGAGGGGAUUUAAGUGUGAAGAAGCGGAAAAGAAAGAGAGAAACUGAUCAGAAAGAUGAGGAGGAGACUGUGACUUGUACAAGAAAGAGGAGACGGGUAGGGGAGCAGGAGCCCACGCAGCAAAUGCAACAGGUUUGCGAUGACACUGUGGAGGAAAGGCAGCCAGUGUCUGUAGAACCAACACAAUCGAUAAAGCCUUUGGAAAAUGGCACUAUUGGUUUUAAACUGACUGUUGAAAUGCAAACAACCACAAUUCCCUCGGAGGGAGGACUCAGUUGGAGAUCGGGGAUUUUCCCCCCUUUGCCUCCCUCGCAAUGUUUUAUCCGCACGCUGGGAUUCCUGUACGGGGGAAGGGGCAUGCGUGGCUUUCUUCUCAACAGGAAGAAGAAGAGCGCCGAUGGGUGCAAAAGGCUUCAAGGACAAGAUUUGGUACGAACAGUCUUCUUUCAGGGACUGGCGUAUCUAAACGGGCUCAGGAAGAAGCCAAAGAAACUCCCUCUGCGCUUUUUUAACAUGGUCCCCAAGUUCAGUCAGCUAUUGCGUCAACACAGGAGAUGUCCCUACAGCAGAAUACUGCAGAAGAUGUGCCCAGUGGUGGAGGAGAGGGGUGCAGGACAAGGGGAAUUAAGCUCCCUCUUGCCUCAACACUGUGCACCUCAUCGGGUUUACCUGUUCGUCAGGGAAUGCCUCUCCGCCGUGAUCCCUCAGGAGCUGUGGGGCUCUGACCACAACCGACUUAAUUUCUUCUUCAGGGUCAGGUGCUUCUUGCGUAGUGGCAAGUUUGAGAGGCUCUCACUCUCUGAGCUGAUGUGGAAGAUGACGGUGAAUGACUGCGAUUGGCUGAAGAUCACUAAAACAGGCAGGGUCCCGCCCAGUGAGCUCUCAUACCGGACACAGAUCCUGGGUCAGUUCCUGGCUUGGCUUCUGGACGGCUAUGUUGUCGGCCUGGUUAGAGCCUUUUUCUAUGUCACUGAGAGUGUGGGCCAGAAGAAUGCCAUCAGGUUCUACAGACAGGAAGUCUGGGCAAAACUGCAGGACUUAGCCUUCAGAGGUCACCUAUCCAAGGGUCAGAUGGAGGAGUUGACUCCGGCUCAGGUGGCGUCCCUCCCGAAAGGUACAGUCAUCUCCCGCCUCCGCUUCAUUCCCAAGACUGAUAGCUUGAGGCCUAUCACACGAGUCGUCGGAGCAGAUGCCAAGACGAGGCUCUACCGAGGGUGUGUACGGGACUUGCUGGACAUGCUGCGGGCCUGUGUGCGCUCCACUCCGUCCCUCCUGGGCUCCACAGUGUGGGGGAUGACAGACAUCCACAAGGUGUUACGCUCUCUGGCUCCGGCGCUGAAGGACGAGCCUCAACCCCUCUACUUUGUUAAGGUGGAUGUGAGUGGAGCCUAUGAGAGUCUGCCUCAUGACAAACUCAUUGAAGUGAUUGGCCAGGCUGUGACACCUGUCCAGGAUGAACUCUUUACCGUCCGCCGCUAUGCCAAGAUCUGGGCGGAUUUCCACGAGGGCCUGAAAAAGUCCUUUGUUAGACAGGCAGAUUUCCUUGUGGAUAACAUGGGAUCCACCAACAUGAAAGGCUUUUUGACGUCACUGCAGAAAAGUGGAAAGAUUCAUCACUCCAUCCUGGUAGAGCAGUAUUUCUGUUCAGAUCUGCACGGCAGAGAGGCGUUGCAGUUCUUCACCCAAAUGCUAACUGGCAGUGUUGUACAGUUUGGAAAGAAAACAUACCGUCAGUGUCGAGGGAUUCCACAGGGGUCGGUGGUUUCCAGUCUGCUCUGCUGUCUCUGCUACGGUCACAUGGAAAACUUCCUGUUCAAAGACAUCACUGAAAAGAAAGGAUGUUUGAUGAGACUGGUGGACGACUUCCUUCUGAUCACCCCGGACCUACGCAAAGCACAAACAUUUCUCAAGAUCUUACUAGCCGGGGUGCCACAGUACGGUCUGGUGGUCAACCCGCUGAAGGUGGUGGUCAACUUUCAGGUGUCGGGAAGCGUUACAUCAUGUCCCGGCAUUCGUGUGCUGCCCCCUCACUGCCUCUUCCCCUGGUGUGGACUAUUGUUGGACACGCACUCACUGGACGUCUACAAGGACUAUUUUAGCUAUGCAGGCCUGUCUUUGCGCUACAGCCUAACGUUGGGCUCCUUCCACUCAGCUGGAAAGCAAAUGAGGAGGAAACUGAUGGCUAUCCUCAGACUCAAGUGCCAUCCCUUGUUCUUGGACCUGAAGACCAAUUCUCUUGAGGCGGUCUACAAGAACAUCUACAAGCUGGUGCUGCUUCAUGCAUGCAGGUUCCAUGUGUGUGCCCAGAGUUUGCCCUUUGGUCAGACGGUUGCCAAGAACCCCGUCUACUUCCUGCAGAUGAUAUUAGAUAUGGCCGAAUACGCCAAUCGGCUCAUCAGGCUCAGCAACAAAGGAAUGAUUUUAGGCAGUAAAGCUCAGACUGGCAUUCUGCAGUAUGAAGCAGUGGAGCUGCUUUUCUGUCUUUCAUUCUUGCUUGUGUUGUCGCAACAUCGUCCUCUCUACAGGGGUCUGCUCCCACACCUGCACACACGGAAGCGUCGUCUAGAGCGGCGUCUGGGGGAUCUGAGGCUGGCCAGAGUUCGACAGGCCACCAACCCCAGGACUCCAGUCGACUUCUUGGCCAUCCAGAGGUAGACUACCAGCGAGGUCCAGCUCCCAACACAACCACGAACCCCUCCGCAGCUCAUAGGUGUAGACAAACGUUAGAGAAGCUGGACUAAAUAAUGACUUUUGCCUUUUUAUUCUCCGAAAGUCCUUUUUGAAAAUGUGAAUGAGCACUGUGACCUUUACCCAAACUGUCCAAACUACGACGGUGCAAAACUUUAUUUGAUGUCAGUGAUUUAAGUUUAUCUGAUCUUCAGUGUGCCAAAAAUAAAAAUGAAAACUUUCCGUUGCACAGUUCUGGAAAGAGGCUAUAGAGAGAUAAAACACCUACGUGAUAAACAUCAGUCAACAACACGUCCAAUAAAACAGCAACCAGCACAUCAAUAAAGAUGGAUAAUUGAAAACCAUCCAGCUGCUCUACUAGACUCAUGUCACAGGUUUUUGUAUCUCUGGACUUUGAGUUACACUUUGUGGUAUUUUCCACAAAGAAGACGUGACCGAACUCGGACACAUACGUUCUCAGAAAUAUUGUCAGCCCUCACGUUAGUUAGUCUUUAUCUCAUGCAAUGACGUUUUGUGACCUCGCUGUGUGUUUCAAUACCAUGUGUUUUAUAUUAAAUGUUAUUUACAACAUGUAAACUGCACAAUGACUGUUAAAUAAAUCCAGUUUUGUUAUUGAGGAAUGUGAGUUACCAGGUCAGGAUAAAAGUAAAACACGAGAAACCAAUAGAAACGUCUAUAUUACAGUUCAGCAUGACUACAUGUCAGCCGUCCGGUGAAGUUCCACCGAAGCAUCGACACUGAUCAGGAGGAUUGUUUCAGUUUCUGUGGAGUAACAUUGUUACUGGUUCUCCUGUUCCCGUGUUUCAACCUCAAAUCCUUCAUUGCAGUAGGGAUUAAGUUGAGCAGGAGCAGAAGACUUCUUGAUUCCACAGCAGAUGAGUUUGUAGAGAGCCACCAGAGGGAUGGAGAUCACAGGUAGUACACAGAGGAGGAUGAUGAUGGCAAACACCCAGUCUGGAUACGGCUUCACUUCAGUUUGUGGGAAAAGUUCCUGAAGAGAAAGACAAAGAAGUAUCAAAUGUAAUAUAUAGAAUAAUGUUACACCAUCACAUUUUAAAAUCACC